CAGUCGUCCACCGUGCCGCCCGUCAUUAUUUAGGUUUUAUUUUAUCUGUUAAACUACUUUGCAUAAAAUAAUGCCAGUACAUCCACAUUGACCAUCGACAAAAAUAGAGCCUGAGAUGUCUCGAUUUAUUGCCACUCCUUUUUGAACAUGGAAAACUAGGUUGAAGUGAUUCCUUGUCGAGUAUUGAUUUUCCAUGUUCGAAAUAAACAUUUUUUUUCUUGAGCGACUCAUUUGUGAAACUGUCUCCUCCUCAUCUCCUCUGUUGGGAAUGCAAGAACCCAACCCGGGCACGAUGCCAGAACCGAUCUGCUCCCAUGCAAGUGCUCCCACGGUGAACAUCUCGACCGAUGUCGGCUGCCCCAGCGCCGCUCUCUUGUGUGGUCUAAACAUCUCCCGUUUCUUGGAGAACGCCACCAAGCGGGACGUGGAAGAAAUGUGCUUGAGCGAAGAGGAAUACAUGUCCAUGGAACUGGGGCCCCCAAGGUCGCCGGUCUUCCUUCCCGUCUGCGUCACCUACCUGACCAUCUUCACGGUGGGCGUCCUGGGCAAUUCCCUCACCUGCGCGGUCAUCUUGCGCUACAAAGUGAUGCAGACGCCCACCAACUACUACCUUCUGAGCCUGGCUGUGUCCGACCUCCUGGUUCUGCUUCUGGGCAUGCCGCUGGAACUCUACGAGAUGUGGCAGAACUAUCCGUUCCUGUUCGGGGAGGGGGGCUGCUACUUCAAAACCUUCCUGUUCGAGACGGUCUGCUUCGCCUCCAUCCUCAAUGUGACUGCCCUCAGCGUGGAGCGCUACAUCGCCGUGGUGCACCCCCUCAAGGUCAAACACAUGACCACGUCGGCUCACGUCAAGAGGGUGGUCUUGGCACUGUGGUCGCUCUCCAUGCUGUGCUCCGUGCCCAACACCAGUCUGCACGGGAUCGCGGUGCUGCCGCCGAGGUUUGGACGAGAUUUCCCCCGCUCUGCCAUCUGCCAGUUGGUCAAGCCCAAAUGGAUGUACAACCUGAUCAUCUUGAUUUCCACGCUGGUCUUCUUCAUCCUGCCCGUGCUGAUCAUCAGCAUCCUCUACCUUCUUAUCGGACUGCGGCUGCACAAGGAGAGGAUGCUGAGCACGGUGGAGGACACGUGCAGCUUUGGACCAGAAAGCCUCCGCAGAUCCCACAAGCAGAAACUGAACAAACGCAACCUUCAAGUCACCAAAAUGUUGUGUGUGCUGGUGAUCGUUUUUGGUCUGUGUUGGGCUCCCUUCCACGUGGACCGUCUGAUGUGGAGUUUCAUGGACACGUCGAUCGAGGGGCACCUGCGGAUCUUCGAGCACAUCCACGUGGUCUCGGGCGUCUUCUUCUACCUGAGCGCCGCCAUCAACCCCGUCCUCUACAACCUCAUGUCCACGCGUUUCAGAGAACUGUUCCGACACAUCUGGUGCCGCAGCGACACCUGGUCGCUGCGCUCCAGCUUAGCGAUGACCGCGCGCGGCAGCUUGAGCCAGAAAGCGCGGCGAAGCGCCAGGUGGACUCGAACAUCCACGUUGAAGCAAACUACAUUCAACCGGGAUGGUUGAAUUAUUCAGACGGCGGUUGCUUGGAUGAUAACUGAGCAUGAUUAAAAUCACGUCGUGACCGUGGCAAGAGCAGAAAAACAGGAUUGUGCUAAUUGGCCGGGGGUUCUUGACUUUUUUUG